GGAAACCCAUUCCUAAAGCAGACAGACUUGUCCCUCUAGGUUGUGGUACUGAUGGUGGCCCGUCACUCCCAGCUUGGGCCUGACAGACCCUUGAGAGCCCAGAAUGGCAAGAGGCCCCAGACAGCAGGACUGGUCCUCAGAGUUCCCAGACAAGACAGGAGGAUGCCAGGGUAAAGUGCAGGGACUGCGGGGCAUUUGGAAACAAGGCAUCAAGCACCAGAUGCCCCAUAAAACACUGGGGUGCCACCCUCCUCCCCUUGGCCUGGGCUCCAAGGGGCUGAAGGAGAACGUGGAGCAAUGGAGUCAGCAGGACCAGCGGCACCAGGCUGAGCCGUUGAACCAGGCUGAGAGGGAGAAGGUAGAGAGACAAAGGCAAGAAGCAGAGCAGAGGAAGGCCCUGCUCCACAGGUUCUCCAGGAGACCCCGAGAGGGGCAGAAGGGCACCUGGAAGGAAGGCACAGAAUCUUGGGAUUAUGUGAGGGUGAGUGUGCGCUGUUUCCCACUGCUGUCCUUGGUGGUCACUCCUGAAAUACAUACCAUCCUCAGAGAAGAACAGACCACUGUCUUUCGUGACACAUCAUCCCACACUGGCCAUCCCCACUCAGGAGCUGCCACUGUGACUCUCCAGCAGCAGGACUCCUAUCACCUCCAGAGCAGAGCAGAUGGAAGAGCCGGUCCAAGGGAGUAA